AUGAUGAAGGAGAGAUUCUCGAAGCUGCUGCUCGGAGAGGACAUGUCAGGAUGCGGGAAGGGCGUCUGCACGGCAUUGUCGAUCUCAAACGCCAUCACCAACCUCUGCGGUAUUGUUUCUUUGACCUGGGUAGGUUUCGAGGUUGAAGACGGCGUCCUGUUCGCUAAUUCGAUUGUUUCUUCCGCCAUGGUUCUUGGAUGGACGCCUCACCAGGCACCGUCUUUGGGCAAAUCUGGAGGUUGGAGCCACUGCCCCCCGAGAAGAAGGCCCUGUGGAGGCGAGAGAUGGAAUGGCUUCUCUGUGUCAGCGAUCACAUCGUCGAAUUCACGCCCUCUGUGCAGACAUUUCCAGACGGAAGCAAGCUUGAGGUCCGCAGGGUUCCCGCUGUCUGUCUGUCUGUCUGUCUGUCUCUCCCCCUCUCUCUAUCAAUCUCUAGCAACCUCUGUUUCCAGAGCUGAAAUCGUAUGCGUUUCAGGUGAUGAGUUGCAGACAACGCUCCGAUCUGUUCAUCAAUCUCCCGGCCCUUCGCAAAUUGGACAACAUGCUCCUCGUGAGACCUCUUUCUCCCGCUGCUUCUUCUUCUUCUUCGAAAGUGGGGGUUCCAGUGGUUGACUCGCUGCGCGCUGCAGGAGAUUCUCGAUAACUUCAGCAAGACGGAGUUCUGGUACGUUGAUCAGGGGAUUCUGGCAUCGGAGUCGGACGGCGGCUCAAGCUCCUUCCGGAGGCCCCUCCAGCGCCAGGAGGAGAAGUGGUGGUUGCCGGUGCCCCGCGUCCCCACCGGCGGCCUCCAGGAGGGCGCGAGGAAGCAGCUCCAGUACAAGCGCGAGUGCACGAAUCAGAUCCUCAAGGCGGCCAUGGCCAUCAACAGCAACUCCCUAGCCGAGAUGGAGGUCCCUGAAGCCUACUUGGACUCGCUCCCAAAGGUGUGGUGCGGCCUCGCGUCACCUUCUGACCGAAUAGAUUCGCGACGCUUUCGGAAAGUUUUCUUUUUCCUUUCUUAUGCGCUGACUUGCGUGCCGGCGGGAUCUGGGUCUCUCUCAGAACGGUAAGGCGGCGCUCGGGGACCUGAUCUACCGCUACAUCACCUCGGACCAGUUCUCACCAGAAUGCCUCCUGGACUACCUCGACCUGUCCUCCGAGCACCGGGCUCUGGAGAUCGCCAACCGGGUGGAGGCCUCGAUCUUCGUCUGGCGGCGGAGGGUCAACCCUAGGGCGGUCAACCCGCCGCCACGGCCGAACACCAGAUGGGGGAUGGUCAGGGACCUCAUGGGGGACGCCGAGCGGAGGGAGCUGCUGGCCGACAGGGCCGAGAGCCUCCUCAUUUGCCUGAAGCAGAGGUUCCCUUGCCUCACCCAGACGACCUUGGACAUGACCAAGAUCCAGUGCAACAAGGUUCUGGCUUUCUCCGACGACUCUCCGUCUCUCCCUCUCUCUCCUCAAUAAAAAUACAAAGGAAUCAGAUUCUUCAUCAGCCCACACUCAUCUCGUCUUCCUCCUUUCUUCUUCUCCAGGACGUCGGGAAAUCCAUUCUGGAGGGUUACUCUAGGGUUCUGGAGAGCCUGGCCUUCAACGUCAUCGCCCGCAUCGACGACCUCUUGUACGUAGACGACCAGACGAAGCAUUCCGACAAGUUCUCGCCGACGAUCUCCAACGUCAGCGUGAUCGCCCACAAGCGAGUCUUGAUCUCCCCCUACUCAGUGCCCAUCUCAAGCACUCCUUACGCCACCCCGAGCUUCUCGCCGGCGCCGGCGGCCAGCCCGGCGAGGGGUGCCGGCGGCAGGACCCCCUUCCUCGCCAGGAAGCCCCCCCCUCACCACAGUCGCGGGUUCGGUGUGAAGAAGGCGUUGACUGAAUACCUCGGCGUGGACGCCGUCAAGGGGAAGAACUGUAAUAAAAAUGGAGCAAGCUCGCCGCCGAUCAGGGACCCCGGAUCGCCAUCGGCAGGAAACCUGGAAGGCCGACUGACCACUACUAGAGAGCUUUUUCCCAAGAAUUAA